GGAGCCGGAAGUGGCUGUGCCGUGACCCCCCCCCCCCCCCCGGCGGCGCGGUUUCCCGGAUGUGAAAGGGCCCAGCUGGAGGGCGCCGUGACCUCUCCGCCGGAAAGUCAGUGAAGAUGGGUCGUGAGUUCGGAAACCUAAUAAAAGUGAGGCAUAUCAUUUCCUAUAGCCUGUCGCCAUUUGAGCAGAGGGCAUUCCCCAACUUCUUCAUCAAAGGCAUUCCGAAUGUCUUACGGCGAACGCGAGAGUCCAUCCUGAAGGUAGCCCCUCCAUUUGUAGCCUUUUAUAUGCUGUACACCUGGGGCAAUGAAGAAUUUGAAAAGUCCAAGAGGAAGAACCCCGCUGACUAUGAAAACGACAAGUGAUCAGCCCCGGCAAAGUAUAGGAGAAUGCCAGUCAGCCAUCUCCAGCUACCUGACUCCUGUUAGUGGAGAAGAAUGGGUGUCGUGCCAGCUCUAAGGCUCAAUAAACUUCACAGUUCAUGAACGA